AUGAGUUUCAACGAGCUUUGUUUCGCUGAUCUUACUGAGCUCAAAGCAUUGAAAAAUCCGCCUGUUCUGGUAAAAGACAUCUUGGAAUGCGUUUCUGUGCUCGUUGGAAAUCAAAGCCAUGAAUGGCGAGAUAUCAAGAAAAUGCUGGCGAAUCCGAAAUUGCUGAAUGAAAUCGGAGCGAUUGAAAAUGAUGUUCUGAUAACAAGAUGCGAGAAGAUUCGGGGAAAGAGCUUCAACAUCGAGAAUGUGAUGAAAGUGAGCAAAGCAAGUGUUUCGUUUGCCAAAUGGGUCAAUUUUGUUCAAUCUCUCUGA